CUCCCCGGGUGGCCAGCCGGCGUCCCGUCGGGCGCCACGCGGGGUCAGCGCGGGGUCAGCGUGGGGUCGGAGGGCCAGGCGCGCUGCGGUUCCGACGGCUCUUUGGCUCCCCGGCUCCCCGGCUCCGCGGCCCGGCCGGGCGGGCUCAGGGCAGGAUGUACACCCUGCUGUCCGGCCUGUAUAAGUACAUGUUCCAGAAGGAUGAGUACUGCAUCCUGAUCUUGGGUCUGGACAACGCCGGGAAGACGACCUUCUUGGAGCAGUCAAAGACCCGGUUCAACAAGAACUACAAGGGGAUGAGUCUGUCCAAAAUCACUACCACUGUGGGCCUAAACAUCGGCACUGUGGACUUUGGAAAGGCCCGCCUCAUGUUCUGGGACUUAGGGGGGCAGGAGGAGCUGCAGUCCUUAUGGGACAAGGAAGCACCCCCGAAGGGUCUUCCAGCGGGGGGCCGGGCGCCCGCGGCUCAGCGCCCCGUUCUGCUCCCGCCCAGUACUACGCCGAGUGCCACGGCGUCCUCUAUGUCAUCGACUCCACGGACGAGGAGCGGCUGUCCGAGUCCAAGCAAGCGUUCGAUGGUCACAAGCGAGGCGCUGGACGGUGUCCCCAUCCUGGUGCUGGCCAACAAGCAGGACGUUGAGACUUGCCUCUCCAUCCCUGACAUCAAGACCGUGUUCAGCGACUGCGCCUCCAAGAUCGGCAGGCGCGACCUCCUGACCCAGGCCUGCUCGGCCCUCACAGGCAAGGGGGUGCGCGAGGGCAUCGAGUGGAUGGUGAAGUGCGUCGUGCGGAACGUGCACCGGCCGCCGCGGCAGCGAGACAUCACAUAGGCACAGCCAGCCCAGGGCGCCCACCGCUCAUCCGGAAGAGCUCCUGCUGGCUCCGCCGCUGAUCCCCCUGGGGGCUGGGUUGGCUUUGCCUUGUGGUGGUUCUACUUGCUUUGUUUUUCUUCUAAGACAAACUUUUCUCUGUAUUCAGAAAA